AGGAGGUGCGCAGUGGCAACGAGCGCAUGGUGGACAGUAUAAUAUGUCGAAAAGCUCUUCGACUCGGAUGGUCAAAUCCUCUAGCUUCACCAGCAGUGCAAUAAUGGCUAAGAAGCCUAUUUUCGCAGCUCCGAAGACGAUAUAUGAUCGCGCCUACGAAAUGUACCUGGAACUAAGGCAGAAGCGCAUCACGGCCGAUCCUGGAGUGCUUAUCCAGGAGGUGAAUGCGAAGGUGGAUGGCGAUAUCUUACACAAUCUAUGGACAAGUUUGAAUUUGCCGGUCGAGGGGCUGAGCUUGUUUGCGCAUGUGGGAGCAUUCGACGUCCCACGAUCGUUUUGGAUUCAUAGGCCUGUACACGCGGCAAAGAACUUGCACGGGGAUUACUUUGAGGAUCUGAGGCAACUUAGCGUCUGGGAAGAGUGCAAUGAGAUAGCGAAUCAAAAUGGAGCAGUGGAUGCGGACGAUGGACAAGCAGCAGGUAAGACCCCGGCAGAGCGUGAGUUGUCAUUCGACGACGAUGGAGACUUAACAACUAGUUCUGACGAGUCAACUACAUCGUCCAAUGCAGGGGAUAAGGGAACCACCACUGGUGCAGGUGGCACUACUGGAAUAUCUUCAAAAAUCAACACCACGGUAAACAAAUCGGUUCGUGCACAGAGACUGCUGAAUAAAGCCGAACAGGUGGCAGCUGCAAACCGAAGACCAUCUGUUGCCUCAGCGGCUGCGAUAGCACUGAUAGCUAAACGAGCAGCCAAAAAUGCGAAGGCACUGGAGCAGGCAUUAUCAGCUGGCAAUGCGGGUGACGGAGGUGCGGAGGAGGAGCAGGGUGGUGCUGUUCUUGAUCAGCGGAGGCAUUCGUCUGUUAGCUCGUCUGCCGUUCCUCCAGUUCGCGCGUCGAUGAAACCGCCUGGAGCAAGUCUAAGCAGCGCAACCGCCAACAAGAUAAAAGCGAAGAUCUCCUGGCAGAGAGCGGGCGUACGUGUGAUGACGCAGAAUAGCUUAGCCAGGAUUGAAGCUCCGCAAAACGCUUUUGCAAUUGAGGAGAAAGCUGCAGGGAAGGGGAACAAGACUGACGAUGAGGAGCAACAACCAGAACUCGCGCAACCCAGUGACAACAGACAGCUAGUAGUAGUACAACAAUUUUCAGCAUCCUCCACAUCAGCUGCCGGGAGAAAGUUCUACUCCAUGUUUUCCAGCUGUCAGCGCGUCCGUCUCGCCUACGACGCUCUUCUACGUGGCGUCAACCUCUCUUACUUGGAGGAUGAGGAGUUUGUCAUUGCCCAUUUCGCUCUCGAUAACCCAGAAAGGAACCGAUUACGCAAUUUCUGUCUCGGCAAAUGGGGAAGAUAUUGCCAGCAGAUGCAGUCUGGGUCGAAAUGGCAGUUUCAGACAUUGAAGGAGUGCUUUCAGAGCUUUGUGGCGGAUUUGAGCUUUAAAGUGCCGGUAGAGGAGAUACACGAUUACUACGGACCGAGUUUGGCGUUCUACUUCGCUUUUGUUAAGGCUAGCGUAGAACGAUCCCAGGUCCCAUGUGGAGAUUCUGAGUGAGGUCCUCUUUGAUUUCAAGGGGAAGCAAAGGGGGACGCAGGGCAUGUUCCUCGAUCUAGGAUGGUGAAAGGCUAGCGUUAAUUUUGUGGCGUUUUUUGCGAGGGGAUUGAUUCCGAUAGCGACGCUGGGAGUGCUUAUUGUUGUGGUAUUUCAGUACUAUCAUUGCCAGUACUUGAUGACUUCUGCUAGGAUUAUUUCAGCAACACUCCCUGCAGCGAGGAUGUGUGCACACAUACAAACAACGACUACGAUCUAAGAUGUUCUUUACACAACACACAACACAGAUCUCAUUAGUACGAACCAUCAAUAAGACAACAACAACCAACAUCUACAACGACUCAUUGUUCGAGAUCACACUAUCACGACGAUCAUCACCAGCACAAGCACAAUCAUCAUGACUACGGUUCGCCACCGCUUGUACUAUCCCGCUUGCUGUCGGGUAGUUACUUCGAGCGCGUAACCCAGAGUAAGCCUGUUUCGCGAGUCGCGUAGGGCAUUUUCACACCUGACAGCCCUUCACCUUCAGGAUCUACGAAAACCAGUUCGUUUUUGUGAGUCUUGUGAAGUUUGUGGUGAUACGGGUACUGUAUAUGUGGAUGACACUUCAUAACUGAGACUACAAAGGUGACCCUACAACGACACUACAACGCCUUCACAAGUUCCACCAAGAUCAGAACAACGAGGAUGAUGAAACAGCGAGAUCAGGUAGAUCAGCACUCAACUUAAUCAUACUAUCACAACGUCUAUUCGUCUCCAGCUUUCGUUCGCGCGUUCGUGGACUAUCAGCAGAAACGCGGAGGAUCAAACACCAGGAUCAGCAACUACUCUGACAGACACUUCUACGGCAGCAUCUGCUAGUACCACGUGGGCUCCUGGAGAAGUUCAAGGUGAUCAGUACCCCUAUAUGGGAGGUCAGCAACCUCAUCAAACGAACACUGAGAACCUCUGGGAGAUCCCAGCUGUAGCUUUCGGCAUCUACAGCUGUUUCACUAGUCUGUGGACGAGUGUCUUUCUGGCGAAUUGGCGGCGUAGUGAAGCCUUUCUCCGCAUUCGAUGGUACGGCCUACCCAACGGCAAUGAGAAGCAACUUGGCUACGUCGAGCCGUUGCGACCUCGGUUCAAGGGGAUGUCGAUUCGGUCGCCGGUUACGGGAGAGCCGGGAGCACUGCACUUUCCGAGUAGCGUACGGGUUUUCCGGCAGGUCUUGUCCUGGAUUAUUCUGAGCUCGAUGCUAGGCGUCAGCAUAUGGCUGGUGAUCAUGAUCGGGAAAUUGCGGACUACUUUAGUGGAGAAGGUCUAAUGAUUCUAAUACUUUGUAGUUCUCUCCUUGAUUGAUGGUUAGAUAUCUUGUUAGCUCCUUCAUAUACUACAUGGUUCUCUCUGAACUUGAAAUGUGAUCCUGAAGUGUGGAUAUCAACUGAUCCAUCGUGUCUCCAUUGAUCCAACUGAUGACAAAAUUUCGGGUGCCCCCACCUGAGUCCAAUUUAUGAUGGCCGUUCGGCAAUCUAUUCCAUGCUAAUUCUGAAGGAUGUAAUGGAGACACGUCUGGAAAAAACCAGAAGAUCCUCAGGUAAAGCCAGAUCUUCAAUGUUUGUAUCAUAUUGACUCGAGCAUCUCGGAUCUACGACUUGUUCUUCCUUCGAAUCCUUCAGCUCGGGAACAACCUACUUCUCUAUAAUGUUUGUUCCCUCGUUUCAGGAUUCUAGAAUAAACUAGACUGCAUCUCCGGAUGGGCAAAGACUCUUUCUAUGGUGAGUCGCGCACGUCUGGCCCGGGAUAUCGGGUAUGGUGGUUCUGACAAUCUGACUCUUCAACGUUAAUACACAGUCCGUCUGCACGUGUACCUGUAGUAGAUGACUACUACCUACUAGGUAAAGACAGGUACUCGUCUGUACCUGUUGUAGUAGAGCACUACGGAAGUACACGUGCUACCUCCGUUCCGCAUCAUAUGUCAAGCACCCAUUUCAAUAUCCAUUUUGAUGAUGUCUUGGGUGCCGCUUGAUGCGUAGAAAAGAAGAGUCUCUCCACGGUCGAUUGCCCUGUAAUAUCUAGUCAGGAAUCGCAUCACUAUCAAGGCUCGACAUUUGUAUUUCCAUGAUAUGACUGUUUUUUUCGUCCUGCACUCGUCAACAAUCCUCAUUCGCUAGACUGAAAUAUCAGGUACCAAUCUCCAUUACCCAUUACUACAAACCAUUUUACCACCUGUCUACCACUUCAGGCUACGCCAGACGCCGCUGCUACCGUGAAGCUGAUCCAGAUCAUGACCGGAUGGCUGAAUACUAUUCAGAUUAACGUGUUCAAUGCUCUGGGGGAUUACACAGCCCGUUCGCUCAACGAGUGGGAAAAUUAUCCUUCCAGACGCCGCUUUUGCAACUCUCUGAUCAUAAAACUGUUCAUCUUUCGGUUCAUAAACAACUUCAACGUCUUCUUCUACAUCGCGUUUGCCAAGACGCACAUAGAGGGCUGCGUGGAGAACGGCGCAGUGACGUACGACGGCCGCGCCUGUGUGGAGGAGCUGCAAUUCAACUACGCGUUGAUCUUCAUGAUCCAAGCGGUCAGCAAUGUGUGGGAGCUGUAUGGUAAUAGCUGCACGCCACAGCCCUUGCCUUUCGCGAUUCCGCGUUCCUUCUUUGGUGUGCCAAAGUUUCUUGUCAUUCAUUCUCGUCUCUAUCUGUACCAUCGUAGUUGUCUUUCUAUUUCCAAACCACAAAUAAUCCCUGCGUUCGUGAAGGCGCCGUUGUUUCCUUUCUGGGACGGAGUCCUAUUGAUCCUCGCAGGAUACCAAUUGAAAUGACCUUAACUUACGGGUUCUGGUUGUGGGUCCAUACUACGUGGUCCUCCGGUUUGUAAUCUGGAGUGGCCCAACCUUGGUGGGCUAUAAAACUCUGACAUUGGUUUGAUAUGCUCUGAUUUGUAGGUCUAUUAAAAGGACGGAAAUCUGCUGUACCUGUCCCAAUGCUUUUUCGCGCCAUCUUCCGUCUUGGUCGCUUGCCUUUCUUUUCCGCACUCCACUUCGUCAGGUGCUGUCGUGUCUGCGAAACUAUCAAAGACGUUUUCUGGCGGAAGUGCUUCUGCGGCGUCAUCUGGAGACGAGCCGACGGCUUCUAGAGCAUCUGCGAGAGAUAACCAUAGUAGUCCACACAACUCUGACACCUCCAACAGACCACUUGACAACAUUGCUGGGUAUACAUCAGACGAGCAGCAAGAGGAAGAACGCGGUGAGAGGACUCUUGCUUCAGAUCAUCGCGCUCUGGUUGCGACCAAUCAGAGCAAGAUUUUUAAGCCUACCAAUAAGAAGAAGUGCUACUGGCGCUCCUUGCGUACAGUUUUGCAGGAUUUCCUGGACAAGCCUUCAUACGGGGAUCACGAGUUGGACGGCACGUUCGAGGACUGGGUCGAAAUCGUAGUCCUAUUUGGCGAUGUGACGCUUUUUAGUGUGAUCUUUCCUCUUGCGCCGUUGCUAGCGAUGAUACUGGCUUUAGUGGAAAUACGCAUCGACUCCUUCAAGGUAAGGCUCUACUUUCUUUCCUUCCUUGUCCUCUUCCUUUCACUUCCGUUCUUGUUUUGUUUCUGCUAUGCUACGAACCUUUGCGUUUCGACUAUUCAUCUCCUUUCAACACGUUUCUUACCUGUCACUGUCCUCUGACAUCCCUAGCAGCUGCUGUAUCCAAAAUCCUAUGACCAUCCUAGGACCAUGAUGACAUCCUUUCGCUGGCACCAGUCAGACUCAUGGGGCCUACAACUCCCCAUGCUCUGUGGUGAUAAGCGAUAUUGGAGCUGGUCUGACUGUUCUUUGCCAUUCUUUUGUACGUUUCGUAACUCAAGAUGUAACUCUUAGGUUUAGUUUCACAUGAUGACACUCUAUCGCUGGCACCAGGCAGAAGUAUCGGGCCUACAACUCCCGAUACAUCUAUGUUGAUUAGCGUUAUUGGAGCUGGUCUGAUCUUUGUAUUCACAUUCCGAUUCUUCUUCAUCAAAAACUCUUUCUACAACUAACGCAUUCUUUUCCCUGUAUCCCGCUUUCCGCUCGCACUUUGCUUGUCAUUCUAUUCAGAAGCACCUCUUGUUUACAACCAGAUUUUCAAAUACCAUCGGCGACCGACUCCUCGACGCUGUGUUGGUAUUGGGAGCUGGCUCUACUUACUGGAGCUGGUAUCCUGGUUCUCGCUGGUAACCAAUGCCGCUCUACUGGUAUGGACUUUCAACGUCAUCCCGACCGACGAUCACUGGGUUGCCUUCUGCUUCCUCGUACUAGGACUGGGCAUGCUAAAAUACGCUUUGGAAUUCUUCAUUCCGGUGAUACCGACAAACAUGAAGACAAUCGUAGCGCGACAUCGACUGUUGCUCGACCGAGUGGCGCACAAGUGCGGCGCAGGGAUGUUUGGAGAGAAGAGCAAGGAGGAGAACAGUAGCGUUGGCACUUCAUCUAGCAGCCCUGCUGUGGACAGAAAUGCUGAAGACAAACCACGGCAACGCGAUAAGAGUUCACAUCGCUCGAUCCACCGCUUUCCGGAGAAGCCACAUGAAGCGCCGAUAAAUGCAAACGAUCCUGACGAAUUUGUGCAUUUGGCGCAUUUUGGCUACGAUCCGCAUGAUCUGUUGGAAGCAUGAUGUCAGCCCUGAUUUCCGAUGUAUGCGGUGAAGGAGAAGAGGCUUAUUGUUACUUAUUUCCUCUGUGUGAAAGAGAUGAGAUUCGAAUGCUAUUUUGUAUAGGAGCAACACUUAAGUACCAACUUUCGAGACAGGCCCUACUAUGUUUAGGCAAAUUAUGCGGAUGCGCGAUGCAACAGAUUGAAAAUGACAAGAUAACUCAUUGCGAACCAUGCUUAAUUUUGUAAACGAAACUCCACCUGAUGAUGAUACGAAGGAUAAUCGUGCACAGAUAAAUUUGUCGACUGUAAAGCGCAAAGCACUUCGUAAGCACUCCGCUAAAAUGGACACUGAACUUACAGAUGUUCACAUUGCAAAGCAACCUGUUUCUAGUAUCAAGGAAAAAUGAUACACUUAUCAUACGGGUGUGAGCAAGGACCGCUUGCAGCUCUUGCAC